GUCGUGACGUUCCUCCGGAGGGAGUCCUUCGAGCUGCGGGUGGAGUACGCGGACGACAAGACCUUGAUGCCCGGCAUGGCGAAGGCUGCCGUGGAGGCCAAACAGCUUGGCAUCGCCACGGCCGCAGCUGGACGGAUGCGCAGCCCGACGGAGCACCCGCGGACGGCGGCGGCGUCGCUGGCGGCGCUAGACACGAGCGCGCAGCAGCCGCAGAGCGCCUCCCCGGAGGUGGCCACCCUGCAGCCGCGGCCGCGGCGGGCCGUCCCGUCUUUGCUCGGCGAUCUGGCGCGGCCGGACGGGGUGCCAGGCUCACCGCUGUGCGGCUCUGCGUGGGACGACAACGGUGAUGGCGCCGCGCUCUGCGGGCUGGCCGAGCUCUGGGACGUAGCGCCCAGCGACCACAAGCUGGCGGCGCUCACGGCGGCCAGCUCCGUCAGCACUUCGGCCGGUCUGACUCCCAGCCCCACGGAGCACGCCACCGCUCCCGGCAGUGGCGGGCGCGGGCCGACGCCCGAAGCCCGGCCGUCCCCUGCGCGCCGAGAGGCGCCCUCGAGAGCCGGGCGCCGGGGGCCAGCGCCCAGCCCCGUGGAGGAGGCGACGGCCCAGAGCAGGAAGAUCUUCGUGGGCGGGGUCCCCCAGGACAUGAGCCAGGAGGACAUGCGCCAGGUGUUCGGCGACUAUCGGGUGAAGAAGGCGUGGCUGCAGAAGUGCAAGACUGGCGUCGACGAGCCCCGCAGCCCUGCGGCGUCGCGGUGCGUCCAUCGAGGGUUCGGCUUCAUCAUAUUUGACGACACGAGCGCGAUCGACCAGAUUUUGGGAAGUGCCGACUCGAAGUUCGUCAGGCUGCAGGGCAAGUUCGAGGGCAAGCAGCUCGAGGUCAAGCGGGCCAUGAGUAGCAAUGAGAUGUUGGCGGGUGGCAGGCUUGCAGACCAGUCUCAAGCGCAGUCGUCGACUUCUGGCGGGCAAGUGCCGUCGACUCAGCGGGUUGGGCGACAAGCGCAGGUCGCGCUUGCCGCGCCGCCAGCGCAGACGGCUCAGCCAGCGCAGGCGCCCAUGUCUUCUCCGUGGCCCACGUUUGUGACCCCCAUUGGCCAGCAGCCGUACGUCCCAUCGGCCUGCCCAUCUCGGCCAUACAUGUACCCACUGGGGUGCAACGACAUGCAGGCGAUGGUACCGCAGAUGCCACAGGUUGCACACGUGCCGCAGGUGUCAACGGCACAGCAGAUGUGUGUUUCGCAGAUUGCGAGCGUCGCGCAGAUGGCAUACCCUCAGAUGGGGCCUUAUGUCGGAAGUUAUGGCUGCCCAACUCAGUGCGUGCCCACAUGCGCCCAUCCAGGCAUGGUUCAGCAGGCUGUGACUUUUCUGCACCAGCCAUCUGGUCUGCCACAGAACCAGUUCCAGAUGCCUCAGCAGAUCCAGGUUUUGACAAUUCCUUUCGCGGCAGCAGCAGCGGCAGCGCCAGCCGCUGCGCAAUGA